GCCAGGCAGCUACCAGAGAAAGCGAUGCGCCUGCCUGCCUCUACGGAGUACGCCCAAGUCGAACGGAAGCCACGCCGCCUCGUCUGUUGCUUGCUGGUGAAACGUCACUUCAACUCACUCUUUGCUUUCGUCUGGAACUUCAACUUCUCACUCGCUUGCACUCAAUCAAUCAUCCUCCACCCGCCAGCGCAUUCUUGGGCCCCCCUCCGUGAUCCAUUCAUUAAUACCCGUUCUUACUCUCCUCAACCUUGCGGCACUUUCUGCCCGGGAGGGUUUUCACCUCACUUCAAAUCGUCAUCGCUUGUGAUCGCACACAGUAAACACCACAAAAUCCAGAGACUUUGCGACUCGUGCCCGACGCGCGACGCCGAUCAUCGCAUACAGUCACUUUCCUGGUCACCAGGGCGGUCGCGCAUCGCCGUUCAAAGGGAACUGACAUUGACCCAGUCGCGCAUAUUGCAUUGGGCUUUUCACUUCGGCAACUCGCCAAAGGAUCCGCGAAGCAUCUGACAGGAUCCCAGCCAGCCCACUUGCUCAGCUCAGCGACGAUAGAGUCUGCCGCGUGGGCGCAUCUACGCAAGGCCGAUCUCCGAAUCUGAGAGGGGACGGGACUUUCACACCAAAGAGUCGUUGACCCCCGCGCGCGCACGCAGGUUCGCGCCUUCAUCGGGAACCCCUAGACAACGUCGUUCAGGAUAAGCUCGUCCACGACUCGAUUUGGGGGUUGACAUAUUCCUUUUUGUCGUGUCCAGCGCGGGGCCGUUAGUUUCGGGGCACUACACCCGCCUCCUGCGGCACAGGACCGUCGCUACUCUGAGAUAACCAUAGCACACACACACACACCACACUUACGCGCAGACGCAUACGCGAGCACACCUUUUACACCUUUUACAUCUUUGACACCUUUGCGGGAUCGGGAUCUUGCGCCAUCCAUCCACUCUUGCGCCGCGCACGAGGCUCUGGCUGGUCUGGCGCCGACGCCUGUCCCUGAGUGAGCUGGAGCUGAC